UAUUGGCUGGGGUGGAACAGUCCUGUAAUGAGCAGAUUUCAGAGGGAGAGAUAGAAAGAGUGAGAGAGAGGCCGAAAAACAAGCGAGGACAGAUGACUUGGUGGAAUCGGGCUACAGCAACAAUCCAUGUUUAGGCAAACGCUGAAAACGGAGACAAAGGGGAUGAGAGAGGAAUAAUUCAUUUUUCCUGCCUCCGAUGAUUUUUUGCCUUCGCAUCCUCAUCUUCAGGAGAGAGGCUCAUCAGAGCCGCGCAGGAAGGAGAUAGAGGGAGGAAAAUAGGAGGAUAUUCACACUCCGAUAUGUCUGCCCUGGUCUGUGUGCGAGGCUGAGGCUGUGGCGUGUGUGUUGGCGUGGUUUUAGAUGCGAGCUUAUGACUGUUAGCCUGGAUUCCUCGUUCCAGGCCAUGCUAUAGAGAAAUACCUUCAACUUCUUUGGUCCACUGAAUUUUUUCUUAAUGGCGUACGAGUGCAGCAGCAUCCCUGUCCUGCCACCAUCUCCAAGUGCAGGUGCAGCAGGGAUGUGAGGAUGCUGUAAUGUCUGAUUGAGCUGAGCUCGGGAGCUGCUGCCGACACCGCCGCCGCUCUGUGGGCCUCUGGGACUCCUGGAAAAGCCUAGGCCUCGCCUGGUCGGAGCGCCUCGCUGUACGGCAGAGGUGACAGGCCGGUGAGCCGCGAGGCUGCGAGGCUGCGAGGAGCAGGAAGGUGGAGGAGGAAGUGGAGGCGGAGGAGGAUGAGAAGCACUCUGAGCCUGCAUGCCCAUGGGAAGCAGCAUGCACAGCAGCUGCUUCAUCACUCCAAACCCAUCGCUGAGGCUUAGAUUGCUUCUCCAUCGUGAAGCGAUGCUCUGUGCUGCUGAUUUUGACACAAGGAGCUGGUGUUUUAUGUUCUAAACCAACAGGAGGGGAAGAGUCGGGGCCUUGCACCUCCAUGCUACCUGGUUCAGACGAGGCCUCCUCCCUUCUGCUGCUUCUGACUGAACCAGGCCUUCGCUCUUUUGAGUUUUUUCUGACAUUCUAAGGAUUUGCCUAAACCUGUUUCAUGCAUGUCCACUGGAGGCAGGUUUGACUUUGAUGAUGGGGGGUCGUACUGCGGGGGGUGGGAGCAGGGUAAAGCCCACGGCCGAGGGGUCUGCACGGGGCCCCAGGGUCAAGGCGAGUAUGCAGGAGCCUGGAGCCACGGCUUCGAGGUUCUGGGUGUGUACACGUGGCCCAGCGGGAACAGCUACCAGGGCACCUGGGCCCAGGGCAAGCGGCACGGCAUUGGAGUGGAGAGCAAGGGCCGCUGGGAGUACAGAGGGGAAUGGACACAGGGGUUCAAAGGUCGCUACGGGCAACUGGAGAGCACAGCCAGUGGGGCCCGGUACGAGGGGACCUGGAGCAACGGGCUGCAGGAUGGAUAUGGAACCGAAACCUACUCCGAUGGAGGAACCUACCAAGGCCAGUGGCUGGGCGGGAUGCGUCAUGGCUAUGGCGUACGGCAGAGUGUGCCAUACGGCAUGGCGGCCGUCAUCCUCUUUCCUUUGCGGACAUCCAUAAACUCCCUCCGCUCAGAGCACAGCCACGGCCCUCCGGCUGUGCUGGAGGAUGGCACCGCUACCACACCCACAGACGGAGUGGUGGCUGGGCUGGCUGGGAGCCCCGUGGGCCGAGGGGGGUUCGCUCUGACGGCUCCAACCGAAGCUGAGCGGCAGAGGAAGAGAAAGGGACGUUUCCGCCAGUCCAUCCUGAGCGGCCUGAAGCUUCGACGGUCCGAGUCCAAAAGUUCUCUGGCCAGUCAGCUGAGCAAGCAGAGCUCCUUCUGCAGCGAAGCUGGCAUGAGCACCGUCAGUUCUGCUGCAUCUGACAUCCACUCCAAUGCCAGUGAAGGUGAGCAGGGUGCCCCUGUGGAUGCCACCGUCACUGAGAUGUAUGCUGGCGAAUGGCGGACUGACCAGAGGGUCGGGUGGGGCGUGAGUCAGCGCUCGGACGGCCUGCACUAUGCAGGUGAAUGGGCCACAAACAAGAGGCAUGGCUAUGGAUGUACCACCUUCCCCGAUGGCACCAAAGAGGAGGGAAAGUACAAGCAAAAUGUGCUGGUGAGUGGAAAACGCAAGAACCUGAUUCCACUGAGAGCCAGUAAAAUCCGAGAGAAGGUGGACCGAGCUGUAGAAGCUGCCGAAAAAGCCGCAGACAUCGCCAAGCAGAAAGCAGAGAUUGCCGUGUCAAGGAUGAGCCACGCUCGUGGGAAGGCGGAAGCAGCUGAAGGAGUGGCACAGAAGGCCAUGGAGGAGUGUCGUCUGGCACGAAUAGUUGCCAAAGAGCUCUCUCCGUCUUUCCACAUCUAUGGAAACGGGCUUGAAUGUCAGCGGCCCAAGCACCAGGAUGCCAAGGACAAAGACCAUGAGGUCAUCUCCACAGAAACUGAUAGUCCGGAGCUGUGCACUCCGGACACCACGCCACCUGUAAUAACACCUGAUCUCAGCCCCGUGCUGAGCGUACCCACCUCAACCCCCCACACCCCACCCAAGCACACCCAUCGUACCAGAAAUGCUUGCUUCAUGCGCCAGAGUGCCGUGGAUGAUCAGGGCGCUGCCGAGAUCCAAGUUCUGAUAGAAGGGCGAGGGCCGGAUUUGCCCAGAGGAGGGGCUAACAGUUGGACUGAUGACAUGUACCAAGAUCGAGGAGGCAGCAGCCGCUCUACAACUCCCUCUCUUCUGGAAGAGCAGGAGGGCCAAAUCAAUGGCCACGAGCAAGCCCCUUUGUCCAAUCACAAACCACGGGAGAAAUCCUUGUCCAAUCACAAGUCCCGGGAGUAUGCUUCCUCCUUUAGAAAAUGGGAACACUCCUUAUCCAAUCAAAAGCCCUCCAAGCAUGCCUCUUCCAAUCAUAAGUCACGGGAGUACUCAUCCUCCAAUCACAAAACAUGGGAUCACUCGUCCACCAAUCACAAGGUCUGUGAGCAUGCCUCUUCCAACUACAAACCACAGGUGCACAUUUUAUCCAAUCACAAGGCCUUGGAACACAACAUGUCCAAUCACAAGACUGAGCAUGCUUCUUCCAAUCACAAGUCCCAAGAUUAUAUCCCCUCAAAUCACAAUGCAAAGGACCACGUCUCUUCUAGUUACAACUCUCGAGAGCAUGUCUACUCCAACCACCACCCAAAGCAGCACAACCCCCCCAACCACAAGCUUAAUGAGCAUGCUAUAAUCGACCAAAGGCUAGAUGGCCUCUCCGGGGGCUGGACUGCAGAGAGCACCCUUAGGUGGAGCCCUGCCCACUCGCGCCUCACAGAGCAGGAUGAGGAGAGAAUGAAUGACUAUACGGUCGACAUGAGGCUUCAGUGCCCGGAGUCGCAGACGCCUCUGGAGCAGGAGUCUCCGGGCCCUAAAAACAACAGGUUGCGGUCUCGAGGCCUUCGACCGGUCAGAGAAGGAUCCAUGGACUCAGUUCAGAUGCUGGACAACCUGAAUGUGGGGGCAGAGCUUGAGGAGUGGCCUCUGCACAGAGACCUCACCCUCUCCCCACCCUUAAAGUCUCAGCCCAUCACUCUGGAGCAGGACGUAGAGCAUCUCAUCCUCAAACCAAACUCAGGCUCCAGUUCUAUUCUGGUGGUUAUGGUCAUUUUACUCAAUAUCGGAGUAGCGAUUCUUUUCAUUCACUUCUUUAUUUAAGCUUAAACAGGUAUGAUCUACUAAGACUUAUUGAUAACUAUGGUAUAUUAUUAUUUACUGAGACAAUUUGCGUUCUCAACUGGAGCCCGCUGCCCAAGUGAUGGACACAGCAGAGCCUUUCUCUUGUUGCUAUUGGUCCUGUCACCUAUGUUGAAGCCCAUUUUAGUUACUCUGAGAGCACCGUUCCUUUAAGACGCCUAUUUCGUGCUCGCAUUUACAGAAACACCAUUGAAAAGAGGAGGAUAUUCACAGGAAAGGCAAAAAGCAGCUUUAAGGUAGCGUGGCACGUUGGACACACAUCAGUAGGUGCCGUUCACCUGAUCAUGCACGGACAGAAGAUGGCAUAGGCAUUUUUGCCCACUUUCCACCAGUCUUGACAAAAAUAUAGCAAACCCUUUUUCCUGAUUGUUAUAAGAAAACAUGCUAACCAAGAGCAUGACCCACACACUCAAUCCCCAAUACCCCCUUGGCCUUUAACCCUUUCCUCUUUCAGUCUGAUCCACCAGUGUCUAACCCCUAUUCGCACUAUGCGCUAUAUACAGAACUAUGCUGCAAGAGUAGAUCCAUUUUAAAGGGCUCUGUCAUUGGUAUUUUCUUUUUCACUAUGAAUUAUAUAAACGCACACAACCAUUGCAUGAGAUUGUGUGUGUGUUUAAAAAGUGCAUUUUCUAUCCCUUUAACAUCACUGUUCUGUCGUCAUGCACACCUUUCUGAUGAUCACUUCUCGUCACCACACCCGUCGGCAGAGAUUUGAUAAUCACUUCUCUUCAUCAAAGUAAACCACAGAACCUGACGAAAUCAGAUUCACAUUUAAUUCAUGGAUUCAGACGUUGACAACUAACACAUACCAAAGUCCAUAAGGCCGAUCCUUGAGGAACUGAAGUUAUUGUAAGUGAAAUGUAAUUUUAGGUCAACCCAUACAAACAUUCACACACAAAAACACACAUUUAACUGCUGAUAUAAUGAUGAGGAUUCAGCCUUGCCCCUUUGUACAGCCUUGAGACUGUUAUGUUAUAACCACUAAUUCUACUAUAUAUGUAUAUGUGUCAUUAUUAUCCAAGUUCGUUACUUUUUGCAGUUUGCAAGACAGAAAGAAUGAUGAGUGCCUCGUAUUUAUUCAUUUUUGAUCUGAAAUUAUUUAACUUUGACCCUAAUUAACCCCCAAGUGGGCAGGCUAAGAGGAGACAAAAACCCUUCAACCUCCACGACGACAUACAAACCUCCGUCUACACAAAAAUGGCAUGCGCUGUUUUGUCUCUCUCUCUCUCCCAGUCCCCAUUUAGGACCAGUCAAAAAGGGAAUAAUGGGGUUUGUACAGUGCCACUUCCAGGCACUUUUUGGGCCGGAUGAGAUUUUUUUCCAGCAUGUUUGUUUAGCCUGCUCAAUCUGGUGUCAGUUUGUGAGUUUCUCCCUCUCGUCUCUUCUAUCCAGCAACACAAGGCAACAUGAGACAUGGAGAGCGGUGUAAUAUAAACGCUAGCUUUUACUCUCAGUGGAUACUGAAAUGUCCUGAGUUUAUGAAUGAUAUAAAAAGAAAGUCUCUGCUACUGUAUGUUUUAUACUUCGCACCCAGUGGCAUCAUCAUGUUGUGACAUCAUUGCAUGCCCGAGCAUGCUCUUUCUUACUCUUUGGUUUAUGAGGUUGUUACAAAGUUAAUGUGGAGAAAAUAAUGAAAUGUUUGAAAUGAA